AUGCCCACUGCCCCUCCGCCGUUGGCCGUCAGUGCCUGGGGCGGUACAGCGGCGCUGCCGUCCCUCGACCCAGCGUCGCUGUACGCCAUAGCCCUUGUGCAGCUGGCGGACGUACCAGAGGCCCACACUGCUGCGCCAUCGUCCUGGUUCCAUACCGAUGCCGUGCCAUCGCUGUACACCAUCCAGUCCGGCGGCGCUGGCGAUGAGAAGGCGCCACAGCAAGUCGCAGAUACACUCGCAUCCACCCCUGUGGAGAUUCGCACGUACUUGCGCGAACAUACUUCCCUCGAUCGAGAGCUGCUUCGUGAUGCACAGAGCGCAGCGCAAGCGCAGGCGAUUCAUGCCCUCCUGGACGACGUCCUAAGUGACUUGGUCCUGCAUACCAUGUUUAGCUUGCCACCCAACUUCCAAAAGGUCACAUGUCCAGCGAUUGUACGUACACGCUCACGAUGGCCCUCGUCUUUGCCACGGCGUCUCCGUGCGGCUGUACAAGCCCGGCUUGAGAGUCCGCACAUUCGUUUGUGGGGCGCUGGCGGCUCCUGGGAGCGCGAAGAAAUGCUGGAAGCCCAGCGCUGGAACAUGUCGGCAGGCUUGCCGCAAGCACGCGAUCCCGUCUCACACUUGCCGCGCACGGGAUUUGCAGCGAACCCGAGCCUCGCCUCCGACGUCCGUGAGCAGUGGGAACGUUCGCGGUUGGCGUCGCGAGCUCGUGGCGUUUGCCAUGCCGUGUGUGUAUACUUGGAUCAAGACUAUAUUGCGCAUACGUCGACGCCGUCGUCUGUCGAUGCACGUCUGUACUCGCUCCUGGCGCCUUUACUGUAUGCGACAUGGCCCAUUGAUGUGCUCCCUGCGCUGCUCCGCGAAGAGUUUCCUUCGUUGGUCGCACAUACGGAGCGUAUGCACGCGCUGUUAUGGGGUAAAGAGCAGCGUACGUGGGCCUUCCGCAGCGACGUGGAUAUCCAGCCGCCGGCGUGGACUUGGCCGACAUGGUCGUCGUUGCGGGAGAGUCUCACCCCCUCGUGGUUGACCCGAUCCACGCCGUCAUCUGAGGCGACAGACGCGAAACCCCUGGCUCCUACCCUGCGGUAUGGUCGGUGGUUGUGGCUCGCUACGGCAUUGAUCGGCCCGAUCGUCUACGUCCUAGCCUCGGGCCUCGUCGUGAUUGAGUAUGAAGAUAUGGACGAAGACGACGACGAGGAAAUCGACGACGAGGAAAUCGACGACGAGGAGAUCGAGGAGGAGGAGAUCAAGGAGGAAGAGGACAUCGAUGACGACGAAGAGAUGGCAGAUAUCGCCGAGGAACUGGGCACAGUCGAUCCUGAGGAAUUCCUAGAUGACGAGGAAUAG